AUGCAUUACUUAGACGACUGUCUUGAAUUACUCGAUCCAUUACCAGAGAUAAUGCGUGAAAAGUUGACAAUGAUGCGUGAAUCUGAUUUAAAAAUUCAAGCAGAUUUUGAUCAAUUAGAAGAGAAUGCAUCUAAAUUUUUAUCCUCUUAUCGUCAUUAUCAAUCACAACAAUCGUCACCACAACGAACACGAAUUCAAAUUAAACGACAAAAUAGCGAUAAGGAAGAAGUGGAAAAUAUACCGGGUAAUGUUGAACAACAAAAAAACCAAUUAGAAUAUGAUAAAUUAGUAGAAAAAUAUCAACAAUUGAUACAACAGGCAACAACAAAAGUGCCAUUGGCUAAUGAAUCACAUGAUAUUGUAUGUUGGAGACGUCAUUGA